GCCCUUUUCCCCAUCGCCUCACGCCAAGGGUAGGGGGGUGUGCAGAGGCAGAAACAAUCGCCGCUUAAAACUUUCUUUAAUCAAAGUUCAUACCUACUUUUUGUGUGUUUUAAACUUAUUUUUACUCGCUUGCUUGAAACGCGUGGAGACUUUCCCCCCCACCGUUGAUUUUCCAUAAUAUUCAAGACAGCGUAACUCGAGACAAGAUGAUUGACACAGUAACAGGACCUGGAACACCACCCUUUGACGUUCAGCUGAAGGCUCUAACCGAUCAAGAGGGCCGAUACCAACCUAAGCUGAGCGGCUUGAGGUUCAUCGAAUGCGCCCAGGACAACGGCCUCAGGAUGACCGCCAGACUCCGGGAGCUGGAGGUGAAGGACCUGCUCUCUCUGACCAGGUUCUUUGGCUUCAGCUCAGACAGCUUCUCACUGGCCAUCAGCAUACUGGAUCGAUUCCUAUCAGUAAUGAAGAUUCAGCCAAAACACCUGUCCUGUGUGGGCCUGUGCUGCUUCUAUAUUGCUGUGAAGUCCUCUGAAGAGGAAAAGAACGUGCCUCUGGCCAAUGAACUGAUCCGCAUCAGUCAGAAUCGCUUCACAGUGCCUGACAUGAUUAGGAUGGAGAAGAUCAUCAUGGAGAAGCUCUACUGGAAGGUGAAGGCCCCCACAGCGCUCCGCUUCCUCCGCCUCUUUCACAGCCACAUCCAGGAGCAGCUCGACGCUGAGAGCAAGCAGAUCCUGAGUCUUGAGAGACUGGAAGCUCAGCUGAAAGCUUGUCAUUGCUCAUUCGUCUUCUCUAAAAUAAAGCCAUCUCUGCUUGCCAUGGCUGUGCUGUGUUAUGAGGCCCAGGAAGAACACGACCCUGAGCACACUGACAAAAUAUCAGAGGCCCUGAAAGCUCUGCAGCAGCAGCUGAAGAUCAGAGAUGGGGACCUGGUUUGUGUGCGGGAGUUUGUUGGGAAAUGUCUGGCUGAAUACGCCACCACCAAGUGCUCGAAACCGAACACCCAGAGACUUCGCUGGACCAUCUCGGGUAGAACUGCCCGUCAGCUGAAGCAUAGCUACUACAAGAUAGCUCAUCUUCCCACAAUACCCGAAUCAGCUUAUUAAAACCUGGGGGUACAGAUGGGUGACCUUACAUGGGGAGAAAAUAUACAACAAAUUGUCUUGCUCAGAUUGAAUGAAACUUUGUGGUGUCGUGUUGUAAGGUCACCCAUGUACUAUCUAUUAUUUUCCUUACAGAUCUUCAUCGCUGGUGAUGGAUUUCUUUAAGGAAAAGUUUUCCUCAAGUUUGUAAUCUGCAGAAAUGAAAUGCACAACAUUCAUCUUCCCGUAGAACGUAGAGUAAUGCCCUGUUAAAGGUUUUCCUAAUGCAGGACAUUAGUCUGAAGUUUUACUUCCCUGAUUUGAGUUUUCUUGCACACCUGUACAGUAUGUUCUUGUUUUAAUCCGUACCCAGAAGUUUGGCCUUUCCUGGAACGGGUUGCUGGUUUUAAGCAAUUAAGUAUAGAACCACCUAGGUCCUCAGUCCACCAUGUGGAAGAGGAGGGAGAAGGAUUUUGCGAAAAAGCAAAAAUGGAACCAAGAAAUCUGACCCAAAAUCCUUAACUCCCACCCUAGGUUGCUAAACUGUCCUGAAUGCACACUCCUACCCAAGGUGAUUUUUUGUUUUUUAUGUUCACAGCGAAGGGAACUCUGGUUUUCUCCAGUGAAUAGAGGCUAGUGACAAAACUGUCACAAUCGGCUAAAAGUACUAUUUGAGCCGUAAUGUCAGCAGAGGUUGCAGAUUAGUUGUUUUCACCGAUUCUUAAUUUGUGGACACAGACACAAGUGUAUUGAUGAUUUCAUUUGUCAAUUAUACAGAGAACACUAAAAAAAUUAGUUGUUGCAGUGGAAAUGUGGAUUGGAAUGCGUAUUGACUUUUCUUUGCAAGUUUCCCUGUUUAGUGUAAGUUUCUUUUAGUGAGAAAAAUGUGUUCUCAAAUUCAAAAUUGCUUAUUGAAUCCAGCAUCUAGUUAACCAAUGCGCUUGUACCUUUCAAUAAAACUUUAUUGAAAAGCUA